AUUAUUAUAUUUUAUCAUAAAUUAAUUAAUGGAAAUUGAGAAAGAAAUUAUAAAAUUGUCAUCUUGUUAGAAAUUCUUGUUGAUCUAAAGCUUUAGAACAAUGAUCAAUAUAAUUGAUUUGGAGAAUUUCAAAUAGAAACAAAUCAACUUUAGAGAUUCUGAAAUUUCAUUUAUUGAUUACUAUGAUAAUGAAUUAGUAAUAGGAGAUAAACAAGGAAAAUUAUAUUAUAAAAAUGAAUCCAUCUAAGUUCAUUCAGGAUCAUUUUUAAAUGGAAUACUUAAGGAUGGAAUGUUACUAUCUUUAGGUUAAGAUGGAUUCUUAAAAUAAACUAAUAUCAAAACAUUUUAAUUUCUCUAUUCUAGAUAAUUAACAUAACUUAUAAAAGAAGGAUCCUUAUUUCUUUUAUAAUUUUAUGUCUUGGUCUAAUAUGGUUAAAAAAUUGUUUUAAUUAAUUUAGAAAAUGAUGUAAAAUAUUAUUAUCAUACUUUUAGGUUGUAGAAACUAAGUAUAAAAUCAAUCAAUAAGGACCUUUAAUAAUCAAAUUAAAUAAUCUAUCUAAAGAUUAUUUCUCUGUUUUAGGAAAGGAGGGUUUGUUAAAAAUAUUCAAAUUAGGAGACAGUCCAGAACCAAUAUUAUCUAUUGAUGUAUAAACUUAUGAAAAUUACGAAUUAUUUUAUAUGCCUAAAAAGACUACUAUUUUAUUUUGGAAUUAAGACAGUAUUAUUGGAUAUGCUUUUGAAAAGGAAUUGAAUAAAUAAUAUGAGAUUAAAUUAAAUAACUUAUAAUCUGUAUUGCAAGGAGAAAGAUUAUUAAUUGUAUAUGAUAAUAUAAGUAAUCCUAAAUUAAAGUAGAUAAAUAAUAUUGAAAGUUAAAAAUUUAAAUCCUUAUACCAAUAAGAACAAUUAUUAAAAUUUAAUGAUCUCCUUCAAUCAAAAUAAGAGGAAUAACAUCACGAAAAAUCACAUUCAAAUCCAACUCCAAUUGCUUUUUAUGACUUUGCAUAUUUUAAUAAACAAAAUUCUGAUUUGAAAUAAGAUAACAUUGAGCCAAAAAAGAUUACUAGUGAAUAAAACAUGAUUAAUGUACUUAAAUAAUCAUUGAUUGCAAAAGAUAAGACUUAUCUAGAAUAUGCCUUAGAAAGAACUCUUAAAAAUGGAAUAGCAGAAUCUGUUAAUACUUUAUAACUUGAAUAAUUAUAAGAAUUAUAGCAUUUCAUUGUGGAUAAAUUAAUAAGUUAUCCUGAAUAGACUAAAAAAUAUUUAGAUUGGAUAAAAGCUAUAGUUAAAAGAGGAGUUGGAGAUUUUUCUAAAUUAUAUUAUCUUUUAGAAGAAAGAACAAAAUCAAUAAACAAAUUAGAGACUAUAUGUUCAAAGAUACAAUUUAACAAGCUUACCCAGAAACCAAAAUAGGAUAAAGAUUAUAGAAAACAAUAACAUACUGUUUAUGAAGAACAAUAAGCUGAUGUUGUAAUCACUUAAGGAAAUCUCCCUUAAAAAAAGAUUAAUGAAAAUAACUAAGCUGAAGAUUAAACUAGCUAAAUUGAAGAUGAUUUCAAUUAAGCAUAUACUAAAGUAAAUACUAUUUUUCAUAUAUUUUAUAGCACAAAUAAACGCUUAGACAGUAAGCCUAUUAAGAUAUAGAGGAGGAGGCAUAUAAUGAGGAAGAUUUAAAAUUUUGA